ACUACUAAAACUAGUUCAACCAACUAAUCCCAUUCUCAACAUGAAGGUAUUUGUCUGCUUGCUGGCCACCUUGGCGCUGGCUAACGCUGGACAGCGUGGCGGCGGUGGUGGUGGCUAUCUGCCAGGAGGAGGACAUGGCGGUGGUGGCGGCCAUGGUGGCGGCGGCGGUGGUGGCUAUGGUGGCGGCCAUGGUGGCGGCGGCGGUGGUGGACGCGGCGGCUAUGGCGGUGGAGGAGGUGGAGGAGGUGGUGCUGGCGGCUGGAAGGGAGCAGGCGGUGGUGGUGGCGCUGGAGGCUAUGGCGGUGGUGGUGGCGGCGGAUACGGCGGCGGUGGCUACUCUGGUGGACAAUCCGGUGGCUACUCCGGAGGUUACUCAGGCGGCCAUUCUGGCGGAUAUUCGGGCGGCUACUCAGGAGGCCAUUCUGGUGGCUAUUCCGGCGGCCACUCAGCGCCCUCUAAGGUGAUCAUUGUCAAAGUCGUCAACCAGGGGGGUUCGGGCGGCUAUGGUGGUGAUUAUGGCGGCGGUUACUCCUCUGGCGGCUAUGGUGGUUCCCAAGGUGGUUACUCUUCCGGCGGCUGGAACCAGGGCUGGUAAAUAAAUGACCGCUAUCCAGUAAAAGCCUUCAAGCCAAGUUCAAACAGGGAGCCAAAA